AGUUCCCACCCACCGCUGCUAACGAUCAGCCCAAAAGCGAACGGAGCACCUUUAUGCAACAUGACAAAGACCUCAGAUCGGUGUCGGAUGAAUGUACCCGCUCGAAACUAAAGUAAAUGGGUGGUGCUUGACUGUGACCGGACGAGUUCCGAAGGUUACCGUGUAUAAAACGGACAUGUCUCUGUCCUAGCGGAAAUCACAGAGACGGCGGAGCAAGGAUCCCGAGGUAUCUUCAACACGGAGUGCCGUCGACCGGUAUGGCUAGUACAUUUAUCGGCUGUGCGUGGACGGUAGUAGCCUAUGUAAUAACCUACGGGGGAAGCCAACUAUAGACCAUGCGCAGGAAAAUGGAAGACUUUUUUGCGCCCAUUCCCAGACAGAGGGGUUGAACUACGAAGAGCCCCACAGGCAGGCAGACCCGACAACAUGGCCGACGGACCCAGCACCUCCGUCCAGACCACGGCCGACGCAGUGCACUGCAAGCUGUGUCUGAGCGACUGUCCAGCGGCAACCGUGAGCCGCCUGCGCUCCUGUGACUGCGUGUUCUGCACCCGGUGUUUGUGUCAGUAUGUGCAACAAACCAUACUGACCAGGGGUGGAGAUCCCAUUACCUGCCCUGACCUGGCCUGCAAGCAUGCAGGAGUGCUCCUGGACUCAGAGAUUGCCUCUUUUGCAACUGCUGAUCAAGCAGAGCUUUACCAGCGUCUCAAAUUUAUGAGAGGAGUUCAGCUGGACCCCAGUAAGUCUUGGUGCCCGGUGUUGGAAUGUCAGGCAGUAUGCAAUGUGAUGCCUAGUGCCGAGGGUACACCGGUCCCCAUGCACUGCCCCGAAUGCCAUGCUGUCUUCUGCUGCGAAUGCAGAGAACUAUGGGAGGAUAGCCACUUCUGCUCACAGCACCCUCUAGUGGUGCCACCUGCUAAUGACAGUGGGAUGCCCCACGCCGACGCGCCCAUCAAGCAGUGCCCCAAGUGCAGAGUAUACAUCGAGCGGAACCAGGGAUGCGCUCAGAUGCUCUGCAAGAGCUGCAAGCACACGUUCUGUUGGUACUGCCUCCAGAACCUGGAUGGAGACAUUUUCCUGCGACACUAUGACAAAGGGCCAUGUCGUUAUAGGCUGGGCCAUUCCAGAGCUUCUGUCAUGUGGAACAGGACACAGGUGGCGGGCAUCCUGGUUGGGAUCAGCGUCAUCGUGCUGGUGACGUCGCCUUUGCUUUUACUGGCGUCACCGUGCAUCUUGUGCUGCGUGUGCAAGCCCUGCCACAGGACGAAAGAUAAGAAGAGCAAGAACAAGACGACGACGACUAGAGAACGAGAGCCAUCUGCUUCCAUAGCGUAGCGUCCUGUAAAAUCAUCGCUUGCAUACGAAGCGCUGUACCGCUUGCUCUCUACCGCCAUCUACAGUACUGCAGCGCUAUUACGUGCCAAAAACCGAUGUCGUUAAACCAGGCGCAAAAGUGCCUCGUUCUCCCGUGCCUGGUUUGGACUCGCCUUUCCUGUUCUUUUGCAAAAAAACCCUCAAACGCUGUUUAAUAUACAACAGCAAGGAUACAAAACAUUUGUUCAUGCUGUGCCAUAGAAGCUGCAUUGUAGUCCAUGUUGUGCUUUAAAAAAAAAACAACUACAAAAACGGCAGUCCUGUAGCAGUAACCAUUACCCAUAGCCUAGUGUAAAUUUCUCAAGAGAUUUAAUUGUUUUCUCCUCGGCUUCCAGACCAAAGGUUCUGGUUUAUUUUGUUGGUGUAGUCUACUGACAUCUAUGUACAUACUGUGUAUUAUGGAUGUGGAUACUGUCCUGUUUUUACGUUUUCUUUUGAUCUUUUGGCAUCAUUGAUUUUGUAUUACACAAUAAAAUACAGCUAUGAGUA